CCAACACAAACCAGAAACAUUUUCCCUAGGGCUCUUCUUGCAAUGGCUGCCAAUGUGAAGGUUCUACUCGACAACCUACACGAAUGUUUGAACAUUGGUGCAGUUGAGGCACUUCCAGUUGUAUUGGACUUACAAAGCUCAGUUGGAGGAUGUUCGGACCAUGAACUAGUUAUUGGAAUUGCCCACCUUCUUGAUCCUACAAAAGGAGUGCUUAUUUUUCUGGAAAGAUCAUGUCAUUUUCCUGGAAAGGAGUGGCCUAAAGUUUGUGCCGAGUUAUUGGCAUUACUCAAAGAACUUGUGAAAAAUAAGCUUUCUUUGGACAAGCACAUUUUUGUAAUUAUAGAUGGAUGUAUGUCGCUGUUUACCAAGAUAGAAACUAAAGCCAAUAUUGUCCUUGUCACCAACCUCAUCCAGGAUUGUUUAAAGAAGCUUCAUGAACAAGGAGGAGGAAGUGAGAAAACGAUGGAUAUAUCCGAUCUUAUCUACAAAUCCCUUUCAAAUAAAACUAGGUCGUCAAUUACUGUUAUUGAUGCGAUAUGUGGCUUAGUUCAGACUCUCCUAGAAACAUCACCCUCCAUGUUUGACAAUGAAAGAGUUACGAAGUGGCUUGGGUUUUUCAUGCACAGUUUAAAAACUGAAAUGAUAACUAAAGGGCAGAAAAAGAAACCCCCGGACCUUCAAUUGAUAUCAGGAAGUUUUAAUGGUAUAAAUGGAGUUCUUUCUGCAUUCUCUGACGUGGUGUCUCAAACUACAGUGGGGGAGAUAUUCCGUUUGUUGGUUCUCUGCUGCAACCCUAACGUAGAAGCAAAAAGGCAUGCAAUGCAGACCUCAGUGCUAACUCUCCUAGCAGAACACACCCCUAAAUUCAAAGAGUUCCUCUACAAAGACAAUAUCAAGUUACUGGACUUUCUCGUUAAAAUGCUGAGCACUGUAAAGAAUGCUGGGUUGAGGAGUUCCAUCUGUAAAGCUCUAUCUGCUCUCGUUUUAGAAAUGAGUAAGGAGAUGAUGGUUAACGAGGAGGAAGGACCGACCCUGUUCCACCACUAUCUCUCUGUGCUGGUACCGCUGCUCACCUCCCUGCACCGCCGUCAGAUAUCAGCUGUCAUGCAGUGUCUCGGUCACCUGGCUCACCCCUGCAAAGUUAUACUUGGCGAAGAGAAGCUUUUACAACUCUUCAAGAAGAUCCUUGUAGCAGGAGAAAGUGUGUGUGUCGGAAGUGGAAGUGAAGCAGACUACAGCUCCCUACUUCCCAGUGUUAUCUCCGCUCUAGCCGAUACUGUUAACUGUAUCCAGACUAUAUCUCCUGAUAUCAGACACCACCUAGCAGCUCCACUCGUUUCUCUUGUUGAGGUGUUCCCGGAACUACACGUGAAGUUACAAGGAGGGUGCUAUCACUCCAUACAGGCCCUGUUAGCUGCCGUCCACUCUGAUAGAGAUGCUUUCUUGUGGCUACUCAAUGAGCUCACGUACCAGGGAUUGUUGAGAUGUUCAAGUAACAGUGAGCCAGCUGAGUACAGCUCACUCUGGUCUGACCUGCUCACUAAGUACACUUACCUCAUUACUGAUACUGAUGUUAAGAGGGACCUUCACAUCUCACUUCUUGACGCUCUCAUCAACAGUUUUCUGGUGAUAUUUGAAAAGUUGGAUCUGAAAGUUGCUGAACAAGAUACGAUGGAAGAUACGGAUGAAGACAGAAUGAUAGUAGAUAAUCCACCAAACAAAGAUCUGGAGCUGUUGGGUAACCUCUCCUCCCUUCUUACUGAUGUUAUAUCUACUGUUGAUGAUGACAGACUCGAAAAGUGGGUGUUACUUUUGGUAAAGUCAACGGUUGAGGCUAGUGACAAAGUACCUGACGCUCAGUGCUGUUAUUGGCUCCUCAAAUCUGUUGUUUGUUACUGUGACACCAGUCACUACUUCUCAUCUCCCUACCACUUGGCAGAAGUUGGGAGCAUACUAAGACAGUUCGGUUACACAGUAAUAGAAAGACUAGACAGACUGGUGGAGGACACUAGAAUAGCGAGCAUAUCCUUGCUGCUUUCCUACCCUGUUACUCUGAUACAAGGAUCUGUGGAGAUGUUCACUCUGGCUAUCAAAGAGGCCCUCUCUAGAGGAAUAGGAUGUCUGGAGCUGGGUAGAAGAGGAGUGGAGAGUGUGUGGAGGGUGGUACGAGCUGGCGAAUCUAACAUUCUGUCUGAUCACUACCCUGAUAUACUACCCCUCAUCAAUCCUUACCUUACUUCUAAAGCUAAUACUACUGACAAGAGUGAGAUAUCACUGUACGAGUUGCAAUGUGACAUGGUGCUACUACUCGGUACUCUAGGAGGUCAAGUUAACUCCCACCUUAUCACCCUCCAACUACCCGACAUUUCCUGGAGUAACGAGACUGUGUUAACUGUGGCUCUGCCUCUUGGUCCUUCUCUUCUUAACAUAUGUCUUGAUGAGAUGUUGAGAGAAGUAAUCACACUUUGUAAAACUACCAGCGAGGGUCAGGCCCGUACCUGUGCGUGUGAACUGCUUCACGCCCUAUUCCUUGUAUCUAUUUCUACUGAACAACAAGCACCUGAUAAAAUCAAGGUUCUAUACGAUCACACGUUACCAGUGUUGUUGGAGUUAGGAUGUGAUAGUAAUUCAGUUGUUCGUCAGAUCUUUAAGGAGCUAACAUUCCAGAUAAUUCAUUGGCAAACUAGCAGAUCAAAAGAUAGCUUCAUUUUACACCAUAUCAUGAGUGGCAUCCAACAGUCGGGUAACAUUGAGCUGAGGGAAUUUUGUGGAGAAUGUAUCGGGGAAUUCUUUAAGUGGAGUAUGAAGCACAGUUCUGACGUUAUGUCACCUGCAGUCAGGAAUGUGUUCAAGCAGUUGAUAUACUGUGCGGAGCAUCCGGCGUCGACCAAGCAACUCGCCGCAGCAACCGCCUUCAAUGCUUUCUACAGGACCUUCAGGGAGGAGGAGGUGUUAGUGUCGGACUACACGAUGAUACUAAUAUCCUUGUUACUGGACAGUUACAACAUAAAGUACAGUUCAAGUUUACAACUCUCCCUCACUCAUCUUACUCGGAUAGUUACUUCUAAACAUCAACUUUUUAUCAAAUCUACCAAGACAAGAUUCGUUCCAAGAUUCGGUGAAGAGGGAACACUGUUUGAAUUAACAAAACACUCAUUCUCCUUGACGUUUUCGCCAAAAGCUCAUGUACGAGAAAUUGCUAGGACAAUGUACUUGAAGAUCUAUCAUUUAAUCCCAGGAUGGUGUGUGACUGUAACGGGUCCGCAUGACUGCUAAAGUCAGUACGUUUAACGCCUCGAGGAAGAUCGCAGGAUUCCUAGUCUACGCUACUCUUUUCAUCAUGGCUACGACACUCAAUUUUGGGACAUGGAAUGUUUGCGGUCUAUCGACCACAUACAGGCAACACUUCGUUGCAGAGGACAUUGACAGAUAUAACUUAGACAUUUUAGCACUUCAGGAGACCAAGACACGUGAAUACUUGGAAACAACACUCCCUGGACAUCAUCGAUUGUUUUUGUUUGAUCAGAGACACGAUAGACACGGUGGACUUGGGUUUAUUGUUAACAAGCGUUUUUUGGAAUGUAUAGUAUCUCAUCAUCAGAUCAGUGACAGAGUUGUUUAUAUGGACUUUAAAUUAAGUGCUAAAAGGGUGGAUCAACCACCUUGUCAUAUCAGAAUUGUUAAUUGUUACAGCCCUACGAAUCCCAAGUCAGUUCAGAAUCCCCGAUUAGCAACCCAAUUUUACGAUGAGCUACUCGAGGCUAUCAGUGUUCCUGCUAGAUUUGAAGUAUGGAUGUUAGGCGACUUUAAUGCCAAACUUGGCAAAAGAAGCCCUGUUGAUGUAGAAAAUGGUUUACAUGUGAAUAUUGGUAGACAUGGUGUUGGGAGGAGGAAUGAAAACGGUGAAAGGUUGCUACACUUUCUCACUGCUAAUGGCCUGUUUGCUGCCAACACUUCAUUCUCCCAUAGCAGCAGACACAUUACCACACGGACUGGUUGGAUUAGGGAUCGAGCAACCAGGAAAAGUAAACCUUAUUUCCAACAGAUUGACUUCAUACUCUGCAAGUCCAGAAGCAAGGCACUGCUAACUGAUGCCAGGUCAUAUGCAGGUACAAAGCACCGCAGUGACCACAAACUUGUUGUUGCCAAGGCAGAUUUUUCGCAGCGCUUCAAGUUGUACAAGGAGAGCAGAGCAUUUCAAAAGACUUAUAACACAACAACCUUGAUUGGAAGCAAACAAGCUCAACAACAAUAUCAGCAAGAACUUCGUCAGAAACUUGAGCAAACUGUAUCAGAUCCUGACUUUACCUCCAACAACACGGAACAGCAAUUUGAUAUGCUUUUUGGUGAAGUUAAAGAAGCUGCUGUUUCCACUGUGGGGUUUCGCGAGUCACAGCGAAAGAGGAAUCAUUCCUCUGACAGUCAAGUUGUUAGCAUGUCUGAAGAAAGGAAACAACUUUUACAACAACUGAACAACAACGAAUACAGAGACAGGACAGCUCUCAGAGCUAAAAUCAACAGGCUCUCAAACGACAUUACUAAACGGUUGAAAACAUUGAGAGUUGAGUUAGCAAACAGCCUAGCUGACUCUAUAGCCACCAUAGACGAAGGACGGAGAAUGUUUGAAGCUGCUCGUCAACUAUCAGGCAAACAGAAAACGGGUGCAGGCUCUGUGUCUGUUUUCAACACUGACAACCAACUGGUAGAUAAUGAACGAGACAAGGCUGAAAUCAUUCGCCAGUACUUCGAAGAACACUACACUGGACCUGACAGUGAACCACCACUAGAACCGUUCACAGGUAACCCUAGGCCCCUUCAAAACCCCAUUACAGCGUUUGAAGUUGAGCUUGCGGCCAAGAAACUCAAGAACGGUAAAGCUGUUGGACCAGAUGGGAUCCCAAACGAAUUUCUCAAACACUCUCCUGAAAUCUUUUUUUCCACAUUUGCACAACUUACCAAUCGAUCUUUUGAGCUCCAUGAACAUGUACCUUCUUUCACAGAGGGAUACCUUACUCCGCUCCAAAAACCUGGAAAGCCACUAGGCCCCCCUAAGAGUUUGCGCCCACUUUGCCUACUAAACGGUACUAGAAAGAUAUUGUCCAUGAUAGUCUUAAAGCGCAUCCAAAGGCAAGUAUCUCAGUACACUGGUCCUUGGCAGAAUGCCUAUAGACCUGGCCAUAGUUGUGCAAAUAUCGUUUGGACCCAGCGAAUACUAGUGUCAGUUGUCAAGGAAAAACGCUGGUCUCUUCAUAAGAUGGGCAUUGACAUGUCCUCUGCUUUUGAUACCAUAAAGAGGUCGGUAUUACUUGAUAUUUUAGCUGAUGCUGGUUGUAGUGAGGACGACAUUCGACUGGUAAGGUAUUUGCUCGCAAAUACUAAACUGAAGAUCAAAGUGAACUCAACAAUAUCGGGAGAGUUUAUUGUCACGAUUGGAGCUUUUCAAGGCGACAGUUUGUCUGGAAACUUGUUCACUCUAUAUCUGGCAGCAGCACUUUACCACCUGCGUGCUGUUAUGUCCUAUCUAAGACCUAACCCUCCCAUAGCUGAGAAUCUGUUACCCCUCGAGUGGGAGUACGCAGAUGAUGUUGAUUUUACUGAUGAGGAUAAAAGCAAUUUGGAGUCUUUGUUGCCAAUAUGUAAAGAGAUAUUGGAAGAGUGGAAUCUUUUUGUCAAUGAGUCAAAAACCGAGUUCACCCACUUCUAUCUGGCCGGCAAGAACGAGGUUGAUAACAAAGGAGAGACACUCAGAGGUAGAGAACCUUGGAGGUCAUCUAUCUCUUUAGGCUCUAAGUUGUGUAGCAUCGAAGAUGUCAAGAGACGAUGUAUACUUGCUAACAUUGCUUUUCAGAACCACAAAAAAGUCUGGGAACAAGGUAGACGUAUACCCUUGAAGAUUCGACUCAAGAUAUAUGAAGCACAAGUUGUUUCAAUACUGAUGUAUAAUUGCAACAGUUGGGCAACAUCUAAACAACUCCUUCAAAAACUUGAUGUCUGCCACAGAAAUCAUCUCCGUACGAUCAUCGGCAUGACCUACCCUAAUGUCAUACGAAAUGUGACUCUAUACAAACGCUGCGAAGUUGUUCCACUGAGUGAGCGUGUUGCUCGUGCACGGUGGAGAAUGCUCGGUCACAUCCUCCGCAGUGAUAAUAACUCACCUGCCCAGCUUGCCUUACAUUUUGCUGUAGAGAGUCAGAGUUUGAUGAGAGGUAGAGUCGGACGACACCAGUCAAACUUGUUAAAAACUAUUUUGAACGAUUUAAGUGACAGAAAUUUUAGACUUGUAAAUACAGACGAUUUAUACCAUUUAAGACUUUUUGCAACAGAUAGAAAAGCAUGGAGAGAGUUAAGCAUGAUUUAGUUUAUUCUGUGUUAUUUUUCUCUUGGUGACUUAUCAGGUCAUCAAGAUGUUCUUUAUGUUCUAUUUUUGAUUUGAAUAAAGUUAUAUAAUAAUGCCAUGAAAUUUCUAUGCCAUUUGAUGAUUUUU